CCAGUAAGGGCUUAUGUACUCCAGAGGGUAACCUGAAAGUCACCGCGAAAAGGAAGGGUGUCAUUGGUGUGGGGAGCUGCGAAGCAAUGACGCACCGCCACUGCUGGAGCUGCUGCUUCCUCCACGACCGACACUCAGGUGCUCCUCAACAACGAAUCAGGCAGCAAAAUACCCGUGGACAGCCCGGAGGUAUCUCCUGACGUGAGGUAACCUUAAGCUGGUGAUUGCUUCAACAAGGGCAUUUUGGGCAUUUUCUCUCUGUCUGCCAGUUCGGACUCCCACCAUGCGGCGUGUCUGAACCCGGCCUCGCACAAUGGCGCUCGAUCCGACCAGCGGCUUCGCGGCGGCCGAUGCCGUGGCCGACUUGGCCGACGCCGCGCUGCCCAUCUUCGACGUGCUGCCCGUGCAGCUGCAGUUCGCCAUCGCGGCCGACUUUGUCGCCGGCCAAGCCGCCAACAACGUGCUCGUCAUCGCCCUGUCGAACAACCGCAUCCUGCGCAUCGACCUCAACAAGCCCGAGGACAUUGACGACACCUUCCGCCCCAUUAUUAGACAUCGACCUGCCCAAGAAACCGUCCGAAGCCGGCGUGAUCCGGCGCAUGUUCCUGGACCCGACCGCGUCGCACCUGCUCGUGUGCACCGCCCUGGGCGAGACGUACUACCUGCACUCGCAGUCGCGCCAGCCGCGCCCGCUGGCUCGCCUGCGCGGCGUCCCCGUCGAGGCCGUCGCCUGGUGCCCGGCCCUGCCGACCGCCUCCACCCGCGAGAUCCUGCUCGGCGCCGCCGACGGCAACGUCUACGAGGCCUUCGUCGAGACCGCCACCGAGUUCUACCGCAAGGAGGACAAGUACGUCAAGCUGCUGCAGAAGCUGCCCGACGGGCCCGUCACCGGCCUGUGGGUGGAUGCCCUGCCUUCGCCGGGGACGGGGACGGGGGCGGCGACGGCUGGUGGUGGCGCGGGUGCGCAGGCUGCGGGGAGGCAGGAUGCGGUUGUGCGCCGCGUGAUGGUUGCCACGCCGAGCCGGUUGUAUCAUUGGGCCGGGAAGGUGGGCAAGGGCCAUGAUGGCAGCGGGUCCAUCUACACGAAGCUGUUUGAGGGCGAGGAGCCUGUGGUGCAUGAGCUGUCCAGGACGUCGGCCGCGGCGGCGAGCAUGUUGGUGGUCUCGCCGGAUGCGGAAGAGAUGCCGAGGCUACGCGCCGAGGAGAUGCCCGAGCGCGCGUUUGCGUGGCUGUCCUCACACGGGGUGUUUCAUGGGAAGUUGCUGGUCGAUGGGAGCGGGGCGGCACUCGGAAAGAAGGUGUUCUCGGAGGCGAAGCUGCUCCCAAAGGCGCAGCUGGUGAGUCCCGAGGGGCCGGGCAGGAGGCAGGUGUCGACCGAGUACAUAGACGCGAUCGCGCUUACGCAGUGGCAUGUCAUCAGCCUGGUUGGCACCCGCGUUGUGGUGGCUAACCGGCUGACGGGAGCCAUCGUCUACGACCAGACAAUCCUGGACCAGGGGCAGAAGGCGGUCGGGCUGUGCGUCGAUCUGCAGAAGAACACCUUCUGGCUGUUUACGCCGCAGGAGAUAUUCGAGAUCGUCCCCCGAGAUGAGGACAGGGAUAUCUGGAAGAUCAUGCUGCAGAUGCAGCAGUUUGAUGCCGCGCUGCAGUAUGCCCACACGCCGGCGCAGAGAGACGCGGUAGCCAUCGCUUCGGGAGAUUACCUAGUGAGCAAGGGGCAGUACAGCGAAGCCGCCGCUGUUUACGGAAAGAGCAGCAAGCCGUUUGAGGAGGUGGCGCUCAACUUCAUCGACAACGACCAGCCGGACGCGCUGCGAAAAUAUCUGCUCACCAAGCUGGGUACAUACAAGAAGUCGUCUGUCAUGCAGCGGGUCAUGAUCGCUUCGUGGCUAGUCGAGGUGUUUAUGGCCAAGCUGAACUCGCUCGACGACACCAUCGUCACGGGCGCGGAGCUGUCGGAUACGCUGAAUCCGAAGCAGACGAGAGAGCAGCUCGACGCAGUCCGAGCCGAGUUCCAUGACUUCGUGAACAAGCACAAGUCGGACCUCGACCCGAAGACGGUCUACGACGUCAUCAGCAGCCACGGGCGGGAGGAGGAGCUUCUGUACUACGCCAACGCGAUCAACGACUACAACUACGUCCUUUCGUACUGGGUGCAGCGGGAGCGGUGGUCGGAAGCGCUGAAGGUGCUCAAGCGGCAGACAGACGCCGAGGUAUUCUACCGGUACAGCAGCGUGCUCUUGACGCACGCGGCUGCCGACCUCGUCGAGAUCCUGAUGCGCCAGAGCAACCUCAACCCGCGGGACCUCAUCCCGGCCAUGCUCGAAUACGACCGAACAUACAAGGGGCCCUUAUCGCAGCACCAAGCCGUCCGCUACCUCCAAUACGUUGUCAACCAGUUGCACUCGAGCGACCCGGCGGUGCACAACACGCUCGUCUCCAUAUACGCCUCGCACCCGUCCAAGGACGAGUCAGCCCUGCUCGCCUACCUCGAGUCCCAGGGCGACGAACCCAAGUUCGAUCCCGACUUCGCCCUGCGUCUGUGCAUCCAGAACCGCCGCGUACUGUCCUGCGCGCGCAUCUACACCAGCAUGGGCCAGUACGUGCAGGCCGUCGACCUGGCGCUCGCGCACGACGAGGUCGAGCUGGCGUCCAUCAUCGCCGACCGGCCCGUGUCCAACCCUGCGCUGCGGAAGAAGCUCUGGCUGGCGGUCGCCAAGAAGGUCAUCUCGCGGCAGUCGGGCGGCGGCAUCAAGGCGGCCAUCGAGUUCCUCAAGCGGUGCGAGCUGCUCAAGAUCGAGGACCUGAUCCCCUUUUUUCCGGACUUCGUCGUCAUCGACGACUUCAAGGAGGAGAUCUGCGCCGCGCUCGAGGACUACAGCCGCAACAUCGACGCGCUGCGGCGCGAGAUGGACGAGGCCAGCCAGACGGCCGCCAACAUCAAGGUCGACAUCGCGGCGCUCGACCGCCGCUACGCCAUCGUCGAGCCCGGCGAGAAGUGCUACGUCUGCGGCCUGCCGCUGCUCAGCAGGCAGUUCUUCGUCUUCCCCUGCCAGCACGCCUUCCACUCGGACUGCCUCGGCCGCCAGGUGCUGGAGCUGAGCGGGCCCGCCAAGGCCCGGCGCAUCCGCGAGUGCCAGGUGCAGAUCAGCAAGGGCUUGGUCGGCGGGGAGAAGAGGGAGGCCAUGAUUGCCGAGCUGGACGCGUUGUUGGCGUCCGCGUGUAUUCUGUGCAGCGACUAUGCGAUCCGGAGGAUAAACGAGCCGUUUAUCAAGGCGGAGGAUGACAAGGAGGAGUGGGCACUUUAAGGGGCCCUGGGAAGGGAAAGGGGGUGCAACGUUACUGCCUAUGUAUUCGCACAUGGGGAGAUAAAGAGGCGGCGGAGGGACGGUGAUACCCAAUACGCAGACGACGGUUGAGCUUCUUAAGCGGCGCCGGUGCUGCUAUA